AUGUACAGGUGCAUAAUCGUUCAUCCUGAUGACAGGCACCUUCAGCAGAUAGUCUGGCGUAACAGUCCUAGUGAGCCUAUACAGACCUUUCAAUUAAAUACUGUUACGUACGGUACGGCGAGUGCACCAUUUCUCGCAACACGCUGCCUGAAACAACUUGGUCUACAGUGCAAAAACAAAGCCAUAGCGGACAUCAUAAUGCAUGAUUUUUAUGUCGAUGAUCUGCUUACGGGUGCUGAUGACUUAGAUGACGUAAAGGCCAUACGUCAAGGGGUUGCCGAAGUAUUGGCAUCUGCUCGUAUGCCAUUGCGAAAGUGGAGAUCGAACGAUCCCGAGUUGCUGUCAGAAAUUGCCAAUACAUCACUUGACCUAAAUAUUGGUUCUCGCGAGCCAGACAAGUUGUUAGGUCUUGGCUGGCAUUCGGAUUCAGAUGAACUCUGCUUUCCAUUGAAUUCACUAGUUCCCGAUGGCAAUACUAAGCGUGAUUUGCUUUCAGUGAUUGCACAAAUCUUUGACCCGCUGGGUCUUUUAGCCCCGUAUGUAAUCACGAUGAAAAUAUUGAUACAAAGGCUUUGGUUAGACAAACUUUCAUGGGAUGAACCACUGUCUCCCGAAAUCAAGAAACGCUGGUAUGGCAUUAUCAAAUCUCUUCCUUUUUUAAAUAACAUUCGUAUUCCACGACUAGUUAUCUGUGAGUCAUACCGAGUGCUGCAACUGCAUAUUUUCACUGACGCUUCUGAGUGCGCAUACGGUGCGUGCAUUUAUGUUCGAAGCGUCAGCGAUAAGGGAGAAGUUAUGGUCCGAUUAUUAACGGCUAAGAGCCGUGUAGCACCAAUCAAACCCACAACAAUACCACGAUUAGAACUGUGCGGCGCGUUGGUAGGAGCUCGUCUUUAUGAGAAGGUUGUAAAUUCCCUUCGUGUUAAAGUUGACCAAGUCUACUUUUGGACAGACUCCACGAUUGUUUUGGGGUGGUUGCGAAUGUUGCCUUGCAAACUUCAGCCUUUCGUGCGUAAUCGUGUCGCUGAAAUUUUGGAUAAGGCCAGUGACCAUAAGUGGGGACACGUCCCAACAGAUAGGAACCCAGCAGAUUUAAUAUCUCGUGGUAUAGAUAUCAGUGCUCUGGCAUGUCUUAGAUUGUGGUGGUCAGGUCCAGAAUUUUUAAUGUAUGACAUAUCAAAAUGGCCUUCUCAGCCUAAGAAUGUUGAAACAUUGCCGGAAACGCGUCAUGAUAUUAUAUUAACUGCAGUCACUACUCAUCCAAAAAAUAAUGAUUGUUUCAUUGAUUUUAGUCGUUUCUCGAAUUAUUCACGUCUUGUACGUUCCAUGGCUUACGUUUUACGAUUCAUCAUGUCUUGUAAAAGACAGCUUAUUUCUUCGAAUUACUUAACGGAAUUAGAAUUACGAAACGCUUUAAAUAUUAUAAUUUCAAAAUGCCAAUAUGAUUCCUUUCCAGAGUAUAAAUUGCUUCUGAAUAAACAAAACUUACCUAAGAAAAGCCAACUUCUUAAAUUUAAUGUAUUUUUAGACGAAAAUAAAAUUAUGCGUGUUGGUGGUCGUCUUGAUAAUUCUAAAUUUUCGUAUAAUGAAAAGCAUCCUAUAUUAUUACAGUCCAAUCAUAUAUUUACAAAAUUAUUAUUUGACCAUGAACACAAAAGGCUGAUGCACGCAGGCCCACAGCUACUGUUGGCAAACAUUAGAGAUACUUUUUGGCCGAUAGGUGGUCGAAACUUAGCGAAGGCCUGUUAUCAUAAAUGCAUACGAUGUCAUCGCAUGAAGGGUAAGGUUUCGAAUCCACUAAUGGGCAACUUGCCACAGCAGCGUCUCCUUUCGGGUGGCUUUCCUUUUGAGACGGUAGGAGUCGAUUAUGCGGGCCCUGUUAUGAGCGCCACUCGUCAAGGUCGUGGGUGUCGACUGGUAAAGGUUUAUAUAUGUAUUUUCGUCUGUUUCACUACCAAGGCAAUUCAUUUAGAGUUGGUAGGUGACUUAACCAGCAAUAACUAUUUGUUGGCAUUGCGCAGGUUUAUAGCUCGAAGAGGUAAGCCAGUUAAUAUUUAUUCCGAUAACGGUGCUUCUUUUGUUGGUGCAUACAAUGACUUAUCCAAAUUUUUAAAGGGCAAUUGCGAUUCUUUGAGCGAAAGCAUGGCCAAUGAUAAUAUUAACUUUCAUUUUAUUCCGGCAUAUACUCCUCACUUCGGUGGCCUCUGGGAGGCGGGAGUCAAAUCGACAAAAUAUCAUUUGCUUAGAGUGUUGGGCAAUUGUCACUUAACGUAUGAAGAACUUUACACCACGUUGACCCAGAUCGAAGCAAUCCUGAACUCCCGGCCACUCACUCCACUAUCUUCAGAUCCUGCAGAUUGUACGCCCCUCACUCCGGGACAUUUUUUAAUUGGGCGUAAGCUGACUUCUUUGCCGCAACUGGACUACCAGCAUCAAUCCACUCCGUUAUUAAACAGAUUCCAACGCAUUGAGCAACUGCGUCAGCAUUUUUGGGAACGAUGGAGCAAGGAGUACGUCUCAGAACUUCAACAAAGAGUGAAAUGGCGUUCUUGCAAAGAUAGCUUAAAGAUAAACGAUUUGGUGGUAGUCAAGGAGGACAACCUUCCACCGCUGAAAUGGAAGCUGGGAAGAGUCGUUGCAAUUCACCCAGGAGCCGAUGGCAUUGUUCGAGUUGCAGACAUCAGAACUUCUACUGGGAUUAUCAAGAGGGCAUUUAACCGGAUUUGCCCAUUGCCGGUGUCAUUUAAUUCUGGUUGA